AUGCUAAAAUCUUCAGAGAUGUCUCUGCAGGUCACCGUUGAGGGUGUCAUUGGAGGUUCUGUUGUUUUACCUUGUUCUGCUAGAGAACCUCAGCUUACAACUGAAGACAUUACAGUGAAUUGGAGAUAUUGUGACAGAUUGAUUGUGUAUGAAAUUAUUAAGGGUAAAGUCUCUGUGGAAGGCCAGCAGCAGACAUACAAGAACAGAACUGAAAGCUUCCCUGAGAAGUAUCUGAGAGGAAACUUCUCACUCAAACUCGAUGAUCUUCAACACAGUGACGCAGGAAAGUAUCAGUGCUACAUUAUAGAUGAAUCAACAAUUGAAACUGUGGAGCUACGUAUCAAAGUGCCUCUGCAGGUCUUGAUUGUAGGUUAUGUUGGAGAUUCUGUGGUUUUACCUUGUUCUUCUGAGCUAAACACUGCUGAAGGCAUUACAGUGAACUGGAGACACAAUGACAGUCUGAAAGUCUAUGACAUUAUUAAGGGUAAGAUUUCUGUGGAAGAGCAGGAUUCAGCAAAUGAGAACCGAACUGAAAGCUUUCCUCAGGCGUAUAAGACUGGAAACUUCUCCCUCAAACUCAACAAACUUCAAAGCUACAUGUAUCAGUUUCCAUGA